GUAGCGCUAUUCGCAUUGUAGCAAUAUCAAUGCAUACCAGUCUAUGAUAUAUCUGCGAUGGUGUAUCAGUCGCCAUAGAGCUCAUAAAAUUGCUCGAGGUACUCGAUGAAUUUCGGGUAUUCCAAAAUCUUCCUCGUUUCCAAUGAAGCUCAUUUUACGUAACAAAUGACAGAUGGAUGAAAUUCAAUUUUGCAAAGCCACUUUUACUUCCACUGUAUGAUCAGACGGUCAGAAUAGAGUCUUGCUUAUCAGUAACAGAACACUAAUAGCCAUCAAGAUGAACAUCAGCUCAAUAAGCAUAGGUGAUCUCUUCAACUUAUUGGAAUCCAACAAACUCGCGGAGGUAGAAGAAAUAAAAAAGAUAUUUCAUGAUUUUUUUUUAUCCACAAAAGACAAUUGGCUGAUAAAUGGUCUUUUCGAUUAUUAUCUGUCUACAAAUUCUUUGAGAGCUGUUGAAAUAUUAGCUGGCAUUCGUGAUCCACACGACAAGCAUCUCUUAGACCGUUUGUCCGAAGCCCUUUCCAAAUCUGGAAGUAGCAGCCAAAGAAUUCAAACCCUCACUUUGUUGGGUCAUAUUGCCCGUCGUCAGCCAACUUGGUUAUACAAGCUUGCCAGUCAUACUUUAUUUCGGGAUUUACUUAAAUUACUAAAGAUGGAGGUGGAUAUGUUGUCUCUCAUGAGUGCGCUUCUACUUUUGGUGAUGUUAUUACCGAUGUUACCUGCUGCUUUAGGGCCGUACCUCUCAGAAAUUUUCGAAGUAUUUGGUCGAUUAGUCUCUUAUUAUUAUCAUCAUCAAUCGUCAUCCGUGUUUUCAUCUCCUAUGCAUUUUACUUCAGCAACAGGGACAAUAGAUAAAAAUCACUUAUAUUUAUUACAUCUGCAAAUAGGCCUGUAUAGUUUAUUUCACAGAUUGUAUGCCAUGUACCCUUGCAACUUCAUUUCAUAUUUGAAACAACAACAACGAGAUCAACCGGCUACUUUUAUCCAUACAAUUAGACCAAUGCUAGAUUCAGUGCGUAUGCACCCUUUACUUGUUACUGCAUCUAAAGACACCGAGAUCUCUGCUGCUAGAUGGAAAAAGAUGGAACAUCAUGAUGUUAUGGCCGAAUGCGAUCGUUUUACAUUGGAUAAAUAUCGAGAAGAAGUAUUUCGUACUGCAAACUCACGUUCUACGCCACCCUUAGAUUACUCUUCUGUGUGUAAUCCAAUAAAUAUCAGUGGAGGAAUAGCGUCAUCAGAGAUCAGCAACGGCGAAGAUGAUACGUUCUGGUCACCGAGUAUAUCAGUGCCACCACAUAGUCCUCAGUUUCCAGUUACAUCUCAUGAACAACGAUCUGCUCCUUCAACACCUAAUAAUAAUAAAAGCGGCACAUCUCCACCGGAAGCCGCAGUCGAAGCCACUCCAGAAACAACUCCUGUUAAGGAUCUACGAAAAAUGUCAACGAGGCAAGUACCUACUGGUUCUUGCGCAGUACGUGCUCUUACUGCAUUUGGUAAUGGCACAGUAGGACCAAAUUCACGACCAUCUACACCAAUCCCUUUAAAUCCAUCUGUAUCUGGUUCCGCAAUUGGAAGUGGAGAUACAAAUAAUGCACAUGGAUUUAUUCCGCACAAGCUAAGUAAACUUAUCGCAGAUAGACAAACAAUCAAUCAACAAAGAUCGUCCAUCAACGUUGAUGAAGAUGGAAGAUUUUCGGAAAUGAAUACACAUCAAAAUGGGAAAAAUGAUUCUUGGCAAGAAGAUCAAGAGGUUUUAGAAAUUGUAAGCUCUCAAACUACUGGAAAAUUCGAAAAUUCGAAAUAUGUCGAACAACAAGAACAUCAUAAUGAAAAAAUGCAAAAUGCUUUUGCAGAUUUGUCACAAAAGGUUUAUCAGCUACGUUUGUAUUCUCAAAGUCAAGCUUCGACACAACAUUUAAAUUUGAAUUCUCUUUGCAAAAUUCGAAAAAGCAAAUCUUGCCCAGAUAUCAAAAUUCAGAGACAAAUUAGUAAUGAUAAAACAGAUUCGGUAAAAAUAAGGAUGAAAAAAUUAGAAGAUACGGGAACUCAAACGUUCGAUUUACUUCCAUACGAAGAUUUAUUGCUAGGAAUUCUGGAGCAAAAGACGCAAAUCAAUUUACAAAAACGUUCUCUGCAAGAUACCGAAUUUAGAUUAUCACCAACUGCAAUGCUUGAUCGUUAUGUCGAAGCUUGCACGCAUGGAACUAACAGAAUUAAGCAGAAACAAAGAAAAGAGAAUGGUGGAGAAGACGAACUAGCAGAAGAAGAUACUUUCGACGCCGAAUGUACGACUCGGUUACUACAACUUAUGCAAAUGCAAUUGCAGUUCGAACGGCACCGUAGAGAGGUUCACGCUGAACGGAAUCGACGACUUCUUGGCAAACUGAGGGAUUCUCGUGCGUUAGAAGAACAUAAUUAUGCCUUGACUGAUCGUUUAAAAAUAAUGGAGAAAGAAGUGGAGAGCUUAAAAACUGAAUUAGAGCGUAAAAAGAAAGAAACUUGUCAAGCUGAGGACAAAUACAAAGAUGCAUUGCAUAACUGGCAAACAAAGUGUGUAGAAGAACAACGACAGAAUCAAAUAUUGAAGGAACGUCUCGAAUCUAUCGAAGUUAAAUUGAAGAAUGAGCAAAAAAAGGUAGCAGACUGUGAACAACGAAUUCAGUCCACAGAAGCUUCUUUAUUCGACGCAGGCCAUCAAUUAAGAGUAGCUUUAAAAGCUGCAAAUCGUAGUAAAGAGUUAGAGCGCACUCUCGAUUCUGUACAGAAGAAAUUUCUUCUACUUGGAGAGGCACAAGCGAAAUUACAAGAAAGUACAUCUGGUCUUUCACCAAUGACAAAGCAAGAAGUAACACAAAUACAAAAGUCAUAUGCAGAGGAAUUAACUAAUUUACGGCGACAAUUAGAGUCACGAAUAUCUCUUGUAGAAGCUUUAAAGAUACGUUUAACUGAAUUAGAGAAUAAAGAAGCACGAAAAGAAGCGCAACUCGUAGAACUGCAACGGCUUUUACAAGAAACAAAAGAUCAACAUGAAGCUGAAUUGGAAGCCGUCGUAUCAAAAUACAAAGCACAAGCUGAGAUAAACCUUCUUCUUGAAGGUCGUAUACUUGAACUUCAUGGAAUAUUAGAGGCAGCGACUUGUAAUACUACUGUAAACAAUCUAGCUUCUUCAGCAUCGCCUAAAGAAAGAUCACCUCCAUUGUCGGCUAGUUUAGCCUCUUCUAGUGAGGGAAGUCUUGCCUUUAUUCAUUCAGGUACUGGAAUUAUAAUGAAUGACUGCUGUGAUACCGCAGGCGAAAUUUCUAAUCUUCAAGCUAUCGUCGAACCUGUACCAAGCCAGGCUACUUCACCAUCUCGUCAGAAUCAACAAAGACGAAUUCCUAAACAAGACUAACGCUACGCAAAUCUGACCACCGAGUCUUUUCGCAUGCAGCUAUUCCGUUUUGCACGCGUGCAACUGUUAUCCAGUGAUGUGGUAUUAAAUCAGAAGAAAGUUAUUUGUAGCUUUUUAUCGACAUAUUAUGCAGAAUUCAUAAAAAUAUUAUUAUCGCGUGAUUUCGAUAAAUAAUUGAAAAUAUACUGGUAAUUAAUAAAAUUACUAGCAUGGAAUGAUUUCACUCUUAAGAAAUGAAUUCACAAUGAAUAAAUGGUUGAGAUAUUUUGUGAGCAA